CAAGUAGAUCAAGCUCUCCAUUGUAAGAUGGCGCAUUGAAGUGAACUGCAACGCAAAGUUUGCGCUGUGUACUGCCAAGAAGAGCGCCUCGUAAAUCCAGCCGUUUAAGGAUUUCAAGCAGCUUCAAAACAAUAACACGGGUGACCGCGAGUGAUUGUGUGUGAAUUCAGAAGUUUUUUCGCUGUGAUUUUGGUGGAAUUUUGCAGUUUUUCCCUCGAGAAGAAUUGGAGAAAAGAUUUUUUCCUUUGCUACGUUGCCUAGACGAGAGGUCAUCCAAAAUGGCGUCUAAUCGGAAGCGGUGAAAAUUUUUCAUGAGAUGAAAAAAAUGAUUUUUGGUUACUUACUAUAAAGUUUUUGCAUGGAUUUUUGCGUUUCUCAAUAAUUUGGAACAAAUGUGAUUUUUUGAACGUGCUUCCCCGCCAGUGGAGUUACUUUUUACUAGUAAAAGUAAGGAAAAACAGUCUGAAAAUCGUCAUGAGUGAGGUAACCGAUGAGUCUGAUAAACCAUUUUUGGUUUCAAAGAACUUACCCGGAUCAAUGGAAACAACGCAUGUAUUUGAGCGUCGAAAUUAUGGCAAGGAACAGCUGGAGGCCUCCUUGGUCUCAGCAUGUCAAUUGGAAGAUUGUCUGUCGAAGGAGGACAAAAGUGACUCGGAAAACGAAUCCGGUAACGACAGUCAAAGCGAAUCCGGUUCGUCUGCUUCGGAUAGCGACAAUGGUUCUGAGUCGUCCAGUGCCAAUUCGAGUGACAACGAACAGAACAGCAGCGUCAACACUUCACACAAUGACGUCGUCCAGAAUAGUACCCGACCCGAGGAAAAUGGUAAUGCCUCGGAGGAGGAGAACAAAUCGAACACAACAGUGCACAACGUGAGCAAAUCGGGCGAUGAGGAUGAGUCUGAAAAUGAUACGUCCGGAGCCACGGAAGAGCAUAGUGGCUCUGCGCAAAACAGUAGCCAGAUAAAAGAUGAAGACACCAAAGACAAAUCAGGGUGUACUGAUCAUUCCGGAUCGGAGGACAGUGGCGAAGAACAUAACAGCGACUCGGAGGAUAGUGGCAAACCGAGCAACGCCAGCCAGAGUCAGGAAGAGGGUGACGAAGAGCAGGAGGGAAGUCAGAACUCAGACGAGGAGGAUGAAGAUCAGCGCGAGCAGUCGUCAAAAAGUAGUUACGAUGACGAAGAUUACGCGGCGAAUAAUCGACGAAACAACGCCCGUAAAAAGGCUGCCAAUGCACAGGCUAAACGUAAAGCCACUGCCCCUGCACCUUCCAAGAAGAAAAAGAAAAGCAGCCGUUGGAAAUCGGACACCUCCGAGGACAGCGAUGUCAGCGAACAGGACAGUUCCGAUGAUGCCGGCGGCAGUUACGUGGCUCGUCGGACAGCAGCAGCUGCCAAAAGGCGACCGGCUCCGGCCGCGAAACCGAAAGGGAAGAAAAAGAAGCGAGCUGCCUACUCUUCGGAUGAAGUUAGCGACAGUGGGGAGGAUCAUUCGCGACAGGGACGAAAUCGGAACAAAACAGCUGUUAGCUAUAAGGAGGCCAGCGGUGAUGAGCAGACUGAUAGUGAAGAUUUGCUAGAAAUCGAUGCGGAACAGGCGGAAGCUGCCGCUGUUGCCGCAGCUGAGGAUGAAAAGACUGAAACGAUCGAGCGGAUAAUUGGUCAGCGGAGAGGGAAGAAAGGUGCAACCGGGGCGGCCACGACCUGUUACUCAGUAGAGGAAAGUGGCGAUCCCAACGAGGGGGUCGAUGAGAAAGAUGCCGACAGUACCGAACCACAGUAUCUGAUAAAAUGGACCGGGUGGUCCUAUUUACAUUGCACGUGGGAGUCCGAAGAGACGUUAAAGGAACAAAGGGUGAAGGGAAUGAAGAAGUUGGAAAAUUAUAUCAAGCGAGAGAACGACGUUGAGUACUGGCGGAAGUACCAAGCUGGACCUGAGGAUAUAGAUUAUUAUGAGUGUCAGCAGGAACUGCAACAGGAUUUGCUGAAAAGUUACUACAAUGUGGAGCGAGUGAUAGCACAAGUAGAGAAAUCUGAGGGAGGCACGGAUUAUCUGUGCAAAUGGGAAUCACUUCCUUAUGCGGAUUCCACCUGGGAAGAUGCUAGUUUAAUUGCAAGGAAAUGGAAUAAAAAACUUGAAGAAUUCCAUGAACGGGAGGAAAGUAGGCGGACUCCUUCCAAGCACUGCAAGGCAAUAAAAUAUCGUCCCAAAUUCCACCACUUGAAGAGCCAACCGGAUUAUCUAGGAGAAGAUCGAGGACUGAAGCUGAGAGAUUAUCAGAUGGACGGUUUGAACUGGUUAAUUCUCACCUGGUGUAAGGAAAAUUCUGUUAUUCUGGCAGAUGAAAUGGGUUUGGGUAAAACAAUUCAAACCAUUUGCUUCCUUUACUAUCUUUACACUGCACAACAGUGUUACGGACCGUUUCUGUGCGUAGUUCCGCUGAGUACUAUGACCGCGUGGCAACGGGAAUUCACCAUUUGGGCUCCGAAUAUGAACGUCGUCACGUACCUCGGGGAUGUUCCCUCACGAGAAAUUAUUCGGCAGUAUGAAUGGUGUUUCGAGAAAAACAAAAAGCUCAAGUUCAAUGUCAUCCUCACCACUUACGAAAUUCUAUUAAAGGACAAAACCUUUCUGGGAAGCGUCAGUUGGGCCGCGUUGCUGGUUGAUGAAGCUCAUCGAUUGAAAAACGAUGAUUCACUGCUGUAUAAAGCUUUGGAAGAAUUCGAUACUAACUAUCGACUCUUGAUCACAGGAACGCCUCUGCAGAAUUCACUGAAAGAAUUGUGGGCCCUGUUACAUUUCAUCAUGCCUAACAAGUUUGAUGCUUGGGAAGCUUUCGAGCGCAAUUAUGGCAACACUACCAACGACAAGUCGUACACUAAGCUCCACAAGGAACUCGAACCUUACAUUCUCAGGCGGGUGAAGAAGGAUGUAGAAAAAAGUCUUCCCGCUAAAGUGGAGCAGAUACUUCGAGUCGAAAUGACUUCAAUCCAGCGACAGUAUUAUCGAUGGAUUCUGACGAAGAAUUUCGAUGCCCUUCGCAAGGGUAUGAAGGGCUCCAUCAAUACAUUCCUGAACAUUGUGAUUGAGCUGAAAAAAUGCUGCAACCAUGCUUUGUUGACGAGGCCCACCGAAUUCGAGACGCAAACGGCUGCCAAUCAGGAUGAUGUAGUGGUGCAGUUAUUGAAAGGUUCCGGUAAGCUGGUCCUGUUGGAUAAAUUGCUGUGUCGUUUGAAGGAAACUGGCCAUCGUGUGUUGAUCUUCUCACAGAUGGUACGGAUGUUAGACAUUCUGGCGGAAUAUUUGCAGAAGCGACAUUUUUCAUUCCAGCGAUUGGAUGGAAGUAUAAAGGGGGAGAUACGGAAACAAGCGUUGGAUCAUUUCAAUGCCGAAGGUUCGACGGAUUUCUGUUUCCUGCUGUCAACGCGGGCAGGUGGUUUGGGCAUUAAUUUGGCCACAGCAGAUACGGUAAUCAUUUUCGACUCGGAUUGGAAUCCACAAAAUGAUUUGCAAGCGCAGGCUCGAGCGCAUCGUAUCGGACAGAAAAAUCAGGUUAACAUUUAUCGGUUGGUAACGGCCAGAUCAGUGGAAGAGGAUAUAGUUGAGCGAGCUAAAAAGAAGAUGGUGCUGGAUCACUUGGUAAUUCAACGAAUGGACACAACGGGUCGGACGGUACUUGACAAAAAUGGCGCCAACAAUACGACUAACCCUUUCAACAAGGACGAACUUUCUGCAAUUUUAAAAUUUGGCGCAGAAGAGCUGUUCAAAGAGGAUGAGGACGGAGACGACGAACUGGUAUGUGAUAUUGAUGAGAUUCUCAAGCGGGCAGAGACGAGAGACGAAGCACCAGGAAUGCCCGGAGAUGAACUGUUAUCAGCAUUCAACGUAACGACGUUUGAUUUCGAUGAAGAGAAGGAAACUUCUGCAAUCAGGAAGCCUGUGAAACCUCCAAAUGAUGCGGAAUUGGAUGGUGAUACAAAAGAUUGGGAUGAGAUCAUCCCACAGAAUUACCGAGAGCUGAUAGAGGCAGAAGCACGAAACAAGGAAUUGAAUGAUUUGUACCUUCCACCAAGACGAAAAACUCUUCAACAGCUAAAUCAAGCGAACGAAGAGGGAGGUGGCAAAAAGCGUAAAAAACGAGAGGCAGAAGAUGAGAGUGCCGAUGAAUCGGAUGCCAGUGAGGAAGGCAAAAGCAGUAAAAAGACAACUGGACGAGGAAGGCCUACAAAUAAAGAAAAGAUUACUGGCUUCACGGACACUGAACUUAGAAGAUUUAUUAAAAGUUAUAAAAAAUUCCCAGCUCCGUUGAAACGGUUAGAAGCGAUUGCUGUUGAUUCUGAACUGCAGGAAAAGGCACUCUCGGAGUUGAAACGGAUUGGCGAACUUCUCCAAGAACGUUGCGUGCAAUUUAUGGAACAUUCGAAAGAAAACGAGGAAAAAGAGAAAAAUACUUCGGAAGAAAAAGCAAAACGAGGUCCUCGAGCAGCAUUUUCUAUUCGUUUCGGAGGCGUAUCAUUCAACGUCAAAACCUUAUUACAGUGCGUGGAAGAGCUUCAACCAUUGGAUGAUGUUUUGCCAGCUGAUCCAGAGGAACGCUCAAACUGGCAACUGAAAAUCAAAACCCGACCUGCGAAUUUCGACGUAGAAUGGACCAGUGAGGAUGACUCUCGUUUGCUACGAGGAAUCUAUCAGUUCGGUAUAGGAUCAUGGGAAGCAAUGAAAAUGGAAGAUUCGUUGAAUCUCGGCGACAAAAUCCUGUCCAAUGAUGUAGAGAAAAAGCCGCAAGCGAAGCAUCUUCAAUCUCGCUCCGAAUAUUUGCUUAAAAUCAUCAAAAAGAAUCUCGAGCUGAAAAAGGGUAUCGGCAAGAAACCACGCAAACAGCGAAAACCGCGCGGUGAAAGCAAAGCUAUCUCAGCAGAAACCGUCCAAUCACCUUUGUCGACCAGCACUCACAACGAUUUAGACAUAAACGAAGGGUCUUCUGCAGAGGAUAAAAAACCUGUUGUUCCACCCAAAAUUAAGAAACUUUCCGAAUCGGAUUUGCAUCAUCAUCACCACGAUCAGGAAACAAAUGCCAACGGUCCCAAGGAAAACCAAAAAGAGCCCAAAAUAAAGAAGGAGCGUAAGAAACGCGAGAAAGCAAAAGAUACAAAGAAGGAUAAGAAAAAGAACACAGGCCCUAUGCAUUUUACAGCCAACAAUGAACCGUGUGCAUUAAACAUCAUCGGAGAUCUGGACCCAAGUGUGUUCAAUGAGUGCAAAGAAAAAAUGCGACCAGUGAAAAAGGCCCUCAAAACGCUUGAUAACCCCGACCAGACACUCCCACCACAAGAACAAGUAAAUCAGACACGAGCAUGUCUCCUCAGCAUCGGAAACCAGAUCAACCAGUGUCUGUCGGUGUAUAAAGACCCGGAGAAGAUUAAGGAAUGGCGAAGCAAUCUUUGGUAUUUCGUUUCCAAAUUCACCGAGUUUGACGCUAAGAAACUGUUCAAACUGUACAAACACGCUUUGAAGCGUAGUGAGGGCGAUGAAGGCGGGGAAGGCAGCAGUGGGGAAAAGAAGAAAGAUCACCAUCACCACCACCAUCAUCAUCACCAUCACCACCAUCACGCGAAGGACGGAACUGGUUCAUCCCAGAACUCCCCGGUUAAGGAAGCCAAAGAGAAAGCCGAAAAGGUGACGAAAAAAUUACCCGGGACCCCUCAAGCCCUGCAAACCCUUGGUAAAAUAAAAAAGAUUAGCAAAAAAGAUAACGGCCAGAAUCGGCAAAUUACACCGGUAAUUACGACUCCACUGGCUGAACAGGGUAAAGAGAAACCGGUAAAUGAUCGUCGCGAGCGAAAAGAGCGAAAACGACAACAUGGCGCAACGGGUACGCCGGAUCGGGGUGGAAUAGGAACUGCAGAUGGGGAUACCUCCCACCAGAAAGAACGGGACCGGUACCUUGGGCAGGAUGGAUAUGGCAAUAGUGAAUCGAAAGACGACGGGGCACAUUCCAAGCGAAAGCUUGAGGACGGCGAGUUGGAUGAGAACAGUAAAGAAUACAAGCGUCUGCAUGGUGAUGGAAGGAAUGUUAGGGACCGUGACAAAAAAUGGGAUGACUAUCCUGACCGUGGUAGCAUGCGAGGAGCAUUGCCUCGAGGAGGUGCCCCAGGUACACCGCAAAGUAUACGCGGUGGAAUGUAUCCCGAUGGAGGUGGGCGUGGUGGACCAUACCCAGAAGAUCGGUGGAGUGGUCGUGAUAGAUUUAGUGACCACAAGCGCGAUCGGUUCGAUAACUAUAAUCGACACCCGCCAUCUAACUAUCACCGAGAUCAUCAUCGAGAUCGGGAUCGGGGCGAUCGUUCAUACAAAGACAAACGAAGAUACCCGCCACCGCCAGGAGGUUACUCCAACAAUCACUAUGGAAUGCCUCCGGGUAGCUACUACCCACCGGAGGAAAAUCCUUACCGAUACGCGGCUGGCUAUGACCGCGGUGGGGGCCCACCAGGUGGUGGGGCUGAUUUCAUGGACUUUCGGUCUGGGGGUGGAGGUCGAGGUGAUUACGAUCGAAGGCCACCACCACCAGCAAACUCAUAACUGUAGCUUAGCGUGCACUGAAUUCAGAGAAGCUGUGUGUGUAUAAUAUAGUUUAAUUCAACGUCUCUGACUAGUAUAAAUAGUAGUUGCGCUAUAUAAGUUGUAUAUAGUAUGCAUUCUUCAAAAGUUCUGCUAACUGUAAAAGCAAAACUCGUAGAGCUCGUGAAAAUAGUUUUUUUUUACAAAAAGAAAUAUUUUAAAAAUGUUAUAAUUUAUUAAGUCUCCAACUUUUGUCUAAAGAUGCUCAUUAUCAUAAUUGUAUUAGGUCAGUUUUUUGUUCAUUCGCCUCGUGGAAUAAACCAGAACCUAAAAAUCUGUUUGAUUUGCUCGUGUACAUUUUUGAUACUACAUCGUCUCGUCCUUUUAUAAUAGUCGAAGUGUCGAGUUGGAAAAUAAGCGCAGUACUGAGAAUCGGAUUAAACCAGCGAAAUAAUUACUGGGACUUGGACAGGUAUGUUUGAGCACUCAGAUGUGGAUAGCUAGUAUUACGAACUAAGCAACUAUUAUUAAAACUGCAUAAAAGGAGCAAAUAGUGUGAAUGAGUGCGGAAAACAGCAAAGGUUCAGAAUUCACUUUACACUUUUAAUUUAUACCAACCAUUUGUCGAUAAAAGUCUAUUUUUACAAUAUGAACAGUUGUCUAAUACGAUCAGCAAUUUGCGAAAGCCAACGUAUCGCUACUACAUGGUUUUGUUCGGUUCGCUGUGAAGAAUAGAUCAUAAUUGUAAGUAUUGGAGGGUACAAGUCGCUAAUAGAAGCGGAUGAAUGUGAUUUUCGAAACUUCCUUGAAACGGAUGUGUUGUAAAAACUACUGAUCGAAAAGAGAAUGGUUAGGACAUAACCAGUAUAAUAAAAAAAACUAAUCUAUUCACAA